GGCGGGAACAGCCGUUCUUUGGCGGGCUCGAAGAGGCGGGAGGGAGCUCGGCAGCCGGAGUCCUACACUGGGCAGCAGGGAAUCCCUCCGGGUGUCUCUCUCCCGCUAUGCCUGCCGAGGGGGGGCUGCCGAGCGCGGCGGCUGCCGGCGUGGAGUCCGGUGAGCCUCAGUACCUGCGGCAGGUCCGGCACAUCUUGCAGCACGGACACCGUAAGGAGGAUCGUACCGGCACCGGCACUCUCUCUGUUUUCGGCAUGCAAGCGCGGUACAGCCUGAAAGAUCAGUUUCCACUGCUAACAACGAAGAGGGUAUUCUGGAAAGGAGUGCUGGAGGAGCUGCUAUGGUUCAUCAAGGGCUCUACAAAUGCCAAAGAACUCUCUGCAAAGGGUGUGAAGAUUUGGGAUGCCAAUGGAUCACGUGAGUUCCUGGAUAAGCAGGGUUUCAGCACCAGAGAGGAGGGGGACUUAGGACCAGUUUAUGGUUUCCAGUGGAGGCACUUUGGAGCAGAAUACAAAGAUAUGCACACAGAUUAUGCCAACCAAGGAGUCGAUCAGUUGCAAAAAGUGAUUGACACUAUCAAAACCAAUCCAGAUGACAGAAGAAUCAUUAUGUGUGCUUGGAAUCCCAAAGAUAUUUCCCUGAUGGCUUUGCCUCCAUGCCACGCCCUUUGCCAGUUCUAUGUUCUAGAUGGUGAAUUGUCUUGCCAACUCUAUCAGAGGUCUGGAGAUAUGGGACUGGGAGUGCCUUUCAACAUUGCCAGCUAUUCACUGCUCACAUACAUGAUUGCCCAUGUCACAGGGCUAAAGCCUGCAGAGUUCAUACACACAUUAGGAGAUGCUCACAUAUACCUGAAUCAUGUGGAGCCUCUUAAAGUUCAACUUCAGAGGGAGCCAAGACCUUUCCCCAAGCUCAGAAUUCUUCGUAAGGUUGAAGACAUCAGUGACUUCAAGGCAGAAGACUUUCAAAUUGAAGACUAUAAUCCUCAUCCACCAAUUAAAAUGGAGAUGGCUGUUUAAUGCUAUAAACCAGUUCCUAUUAAUGUGGAAAUUUACCUAAGCUACGUAGUUUUCUCUAACGUUAAAGUUGCUGGAGUGUUUUAUAAUUCAAAGGAUGCAUACUUUAUUACUGAAAAAGAAACAGAUACUAUCAGAACAGCACUGCCCUCAGUACUAAAUUGUAGUCCUAUAGAAUAGAUGAUUAUUUAUUCUUGCUUUACUAUGCAGAUGCAAACCCACUUUCAAGUUUGGUGAGAUAGCUUCAUGUGGUUUCACUUAGCAAUGGCCACUUCUGUUACUCAUCAGUUACUAUGUGUGAGCAGCACUUGCUUACAUGCUUUAUUUAGUACUGAAAAUAACUUCAUGUAAGAUAGAGGAUU